AUGGCGACACCAAAGCGAGACCUCGAGUCACUUCCGCUUCCCGACGAUAAUUUCAAGCGUUUGGAAUCGGAAAACUCAUCAAUAACAGACCUUACAACUUUACCCCCAGCUUACACGGCUCCGAUUUAUACUUCGGCUUCGAGGAAAUGGUACCAGCUGCCAUCUGCGAAGGAGGUAGGGUCGUUCAAGUUGAAGCCGUAUGAGAAGGAAACACUUUCCGAGCCAGCUCGGAUUUUUGGGAUUCGAAGACUAUAUUUCCUAGCAGGAACUGGGAUUUUGUUCCUGAUUAUCUUAAUUAUUGCGCUGGCGGCUGGACUGUCAGGCAAGAAAAAGCUUGAUGUCUUCUUACCCCUACCUACUUCAGCACAAACAUUUAAAGGUGAUGCAACAUAUUACGACACUGGGCUUGGUGCCUGUGGCUUCGAUAAUGCUGGCACAGAGCAUGUUAUCGCUGUUUCUCAUUUCCUUUGGGACUCCCAAAACGUCGGCACGAACCCGAAUGCAAACCCAUUAUGUGGUCUUAUGAUCCGUGCGACGAGGUACCGACCAAAUAACGAGGCGUUCUUGAUCGGGGCACCCGGAGCGAAGGAUACACCGGGAGGAAAGAAUGUUAGUGUUGAUGUUAAGAUCGUGGAUCGAUGUGUUGGGUGUGCGGCGACGGAUUUGGACUUUUCGAGAGCGGCAUUUGAUAUAUUGGCGGAUCAGGCGAUGGGGAGAGUUUUGAUGGAUUGGGCAUGGUUGUAA